AUGGAAAGAACGGCCCUUAUCACCUCGCUGAUGCAAUUUCGCUUGUCAGGCACAGCAGCAUGGGUUGUCCCGUGCGCGCAUGUCUAUCGAUACCCGAUAAAGGGAAUGGCAAAACAUGAAGGCAAGCCACGUUAUCAUAAAGAGAUUGACAGCGGGGAGAGUGAGGUGAGGGUGAGUCUUGUCUGUGCGAGGUAUUUUCCUCUUACUAGGCAGUCGCAGAGACAGCCAAUGGUCUGGGAAAAUGGCAACGGUAAAGCCUGCAGCUACAUCUAG